CACUCCCUCCCUACCUACCCGACAGGGAGGAGGUCUUGGGUGAACGAUGUUGAACUGAAGAAGAUUCUUCUUCAGUCUGUCAGACUCUGCCGGCAUUAACUUGUCAGUCAUAAUUAGUGGCCAUUGAAGCACCGAAGACCGUUCGCAGUCAUGGCUAUUAGAAACCCAGAGAUCAAGUAUACCCAGCUUUUUAUCAACAAUGAAUUUGUCGAUGCUGUUGGGAAGAAGACCUUCCCAGUCAUUAAUCCAUCAACAGAGGAAGUUAUAUGCCAUGUUGCUGAAGGAGGAGAAGCUGAUGUCAACAAGGCUGUUAAAGCAGCCCGAGCAGCUUUCAGCUACGAUGCGCCAUGGCGAACCAUGGAUGCCUCAGAGCGAGCAUUGCUCAUGUUUAAGCUUUGUGAUCUCCUUGAACGUGAUAUAAACUACCUAGCAAGCUUAGAUACCUUGGACAAUGGCAAGCCCUUUACAGAGUCUCUGGGGGAUUUAGACUACAGCAUCAAGACUAUUCGUUACUAUGCUGGCUGGUGUGACAAGAUUCAUGGAACAACCGUUCCUUGUGAUGGCCCCUACAUGUGCAUGACACGUCGUGAGCCAGUGGGUGUUGUUGGACAAAUUAUUCCUUGGAACUAUCCUGCCAUGAUGUUGGCAUGGAAAUGGGGCCCUGCACUGGCUGCAGGUUGUACCAUUGUCCUCAAACCUGCAGAACUAACACCUUUGAGUGCCUUGUACAUUGCUGCCCUUGCAAAAGAGGCUGGAUUUCCACCAGGAGUUGUGAAUGUUGUGCCUGGCCUUGGUCAAGGAGCUGGCCAAGCAGUAACUCAUCAUCCUGACAUUGACAAGGUUGCUUUUACGGGUUCUACAGCAGUUGGAAGGAAAGUCAUGGGUGCUGCCAGUGCAUCCAAUUUGAAGAGAGUAACUAUGGAGCUUGGCGGGAAAAGUCCAAUUGUAGUUUGUGAAGACUGCGGUGAUCUAAAUGCAGCUGCUGAGUUGUGCCAUUCAGCUAUGUUCAAUAAUCAUGGACAGAAUUGCUGUGCUGGUUCUCGUACAUUCGUCCAUGCAUCCAUAUAUGAUGAGUUUAUUAAACUUGCUGUCCAGUUUGCUAAGAAGAGACCUGUAGGUGAUCCAUUCCAAGAAGGGAUUUUGCAGGGCCCACAGGUUAGCCAGUUGCAGAUGGAGAGAGUUUUAGGAUAUAUUGAGAAGGGUAAAGCUGAAGGAGCCACUCUGGCAUGUGGGGGGUCCCGGAAAGGAACAAAAGGCUAUUUCAUUGAACCUACUGUUUUCUGUGAUGUUGUAGAUGAUAUGACCAUUGCAAAGGAAGAGAUAUUUGGGCCAGUUCAAGUUAUUCUUAAGUACAGAACUCUUGAUGAAGUGAUUAAGCGUUCCAAUGAAACCGAGUAUGGCCUUGCUUCAGGUAUUAUUACCAAAGAUUUAGAUAAAGCUCUUAUGUAUGCACAAGCUGUACGUGCUGGCUCAGUUUGGAUUAAUUGUUACGACCUGUGCCUUCCGCAAACUCCAUUUGGAGGCUACAAGCAGUCUGGACAUGGCAGGGAACUAGGUGAAGAGGGUCUAGCAGAAUACUUGGAAACCAAGACCAUUUUGAUAAAGGUACCCCAUAAAAUGUCCUAAGUCUCCUGUACUGCAUGGGGGUUCCAUCCAAAUUAUGACCUCUUUAUUAAGAAGCUGGGUGAUCUUGGAUUUUUUAAUAAAGUAUAUUCAUGUAA